AUGGCACCUGGAGGGCAGUGAAGAGGCAAUCACUGUGUUCCAGGGAAGAGAUGGUGAGGUCUAACCAAGGAGGUGGCUGGGAAUAGAAAGAAAAAAAAAAGGGCCUGGUUAAUUCAAAUGAUGUUGAGGAGGUAAAAUCAGGUGACUUGGGGACUGACGGGCUGUGCUGAAGUUUUCAUUUGGCCAGGACCCGCCUUCAGGAAGGAAAAGGAGGGAGAUCCCCAUUCUUGCUUAGACAGUGCGCCUGGGGAUGAGGGGGAGGGCCUCCUGGGGGAGGUUGCUGCCAGAUAAAUAGGCAGUGGGCCAGUCCCAGCCCACACACAGCCCCCAACUUGCCGCGGUCCAUCUUGCCCACAGCUCUGGCCUCAUACUCACCCUCUGCUGUAGCCAUGGCUCAGUCACUGGCUCUGAGCCUCCUUGUCUUGGCUCUGGCCCUCUGCAGCCCUGGGACUCAAGGCAGUGACGGAGGGGCGCAAGACUGCUGCCUCAAGUACAGCCGGAGGACCAUUCCUGCUCGGGUUGUCCAAAGCUACCGGAAGCAGGAGCCGAGCUUGGGCUGCCCUAUCCCGGCCAUCCUGUUCAAACCCCGGAAGCAGUCUCAGCCCGAGCUGUGUGCAGACCCUAAGGAGGACUGGGUGCAGCAGCUGAUGCAACAGCUGGACAAGCCACCGGCCCCACGGAAAGGCUCUCAGGGCUGUAGGAAGGACAAGGGGGGCCCUAAGCCUGGCAAGAAGGGAAGGGGCUCCAAAGCCUGCAAGAGGACUGAGCAGCCCACAAAGCCCAAAACCGUCAUAGCCCAGUGACCAUCCUGGAGCCCAGAAGGCCCCCACCAGCCUCUCCAGGGCUCGGAGCCCCAACCCAGGGGGCAAGAAGGGGGCUAGGAGAGAGAGAGGACUCAGCAGUCGCAGAGCAGCUACCCCAUGCUGGCCCUGCCACACUCCUUCUCCUGCUUGAACCAUCCCGCCUGUGUCCCCAGCCCCAUCCCGCAUGGCUGAGCUGCCCAGACCAGGCCAGGACCAGGGAGGCAGAAGAGGGGGGUCACCCAGUGAGUGUGGGAAGAGACAGCAGGACUGUCAAUCUCGAGAGGUCACCCAGGACCCUGGACCUGACCCUGCUCCCCCACCGCACCCCGCCUCGUCAGUAUAAAUAUGAUUUACAACUAAUUGAAUAAAAAGUUGCUUCAGCCUCCCACCCAAGCGCCCG